AGAAAAAUUAUAUAUUCUUAAUAUAUAACUGAAUUGAGGGAAAACCCACAGCGUAUACGUUUAUGUGUGUAAGAAGCCUCAAAAUAUGUGACUAGUAUAGAUCCUUUCACUAUAAAACAACAUCCUGUUGUGAAGUACGUCGACUUUUUACAUAUAACUGCUGCUUAAAUUAAGGCAUUGUAACUUUAUAAUUUUACUGACUUGGCAAUGCUCUGAACAAUUACUAACAUAAAUUUACAGAAUAUUUUCUGGUAAUGAAAAUUAACAAAAUAAAGGUAUUCUGACAAAAUUUGGCAGAAUAACGAGGUGAACCCAGGAAGGCUUUUAGGAAUUAAACAUUUUCAUUGCGAAUCUUUUUUUCUUCUUCUGCUGUAUUGCUCAUGGUUAGUAGUCCUGAAAUUUCAGACCUCAGUUCGAAACGAACACCCCCCUCCACACCCCGCUCACACACACACACACACAGGCGCGCAAUGUCAUUGUGUUUUAGAUUUUGAGAACUUUAAUUUUGAAGGUCGGUCAGAGUGUCAGACUCAAACUGACGCAAAGUCUGAGCGGAUUUUUAUUCUGCUGUUUCCUUAUGACCGGGAUUAGAACACACACAGACAGAGAGAAAGAGAGAGAGAGAGAGAGAGAGAGAGAGAGCGAGAGAGAGAGAGCGAGCUUAUGUGUGUAUGAAACUCCAUCAUUAUCAGCAGCCGCAGACUAGGGGACGAACACGCACUGACUUCAGCUUUUUUUAUUCAGAUUUUCUUUAUAUUAUCUCAUUUUUACCAUCAGCGUUUUUCCGUUUUAUUACUGAGGAAUCUGUGGAAAGUCCAUUUCAGGAAUUUUGUGGAGAAACAUGCAGCUCCUGGGAAAGUUUUUGCUGCUGACUUUUUUGAUUUACGUAAAUUUGGCCAAAGAGCAAAGUGUGAGAGGGUGGGAGGAGGGUGAGGAGGAGGAGGAAGGAGAGGAGGAGGAGUUCAGACAGGAGAACAUGGAUGAGCUGAACUUUCCACCUAAACCUGAUGUGGAGCACAGAUUGCGCCUAGCCUCCAAUGUGGAUGAGCUCAUGAGUCUCAUCUACCCGUCGUACUGGGCGGCUCUGAAGUGCAGAUCCAAACUCUCGGCUGCAGGUUCUUCUGGAGCCUCCAGACUGUCCCAAAGUUCACAGCUCCAUCACACCGGACCAACAGAACCAGCAGAACCUGCAUUUGCUGCAGCCUUUCUCAACCUAGAUGUCCUGAAAAGUAUAGAGUCAGAGUGGAGGAAAACUCACUGCACUCCCAGAGAAGUUUGCGUGGAUGUGGGCAGAGAGUUUGGAGCUUCAACCAACAUCUUCUAUAAACCACCAUGUGUGUCCGUGUACAGAUGUGGAGGCUGCUGCCACUCAGAGGACAAACAGUGUCGGAACAUCUCCACCGGGUACCUCAGUAAAACUCUCUUUGAGAUCACAGUACCGAUCACGCAGGGAACCAGGCCGGUGACCAUCAGUGUGGCCAACCACACACAGUGUCGCUGCCUGUCCAAACUGGACGUCUUCAAACAGGUUCACAGCAUCAUCAGGAGAGCACUGCCUGAGUGUCCUGAAGUCAACCGGACAUGUCCUCCAGGUCAGGUGUGGAGCAGUAGACUCUGCUGGUGUGUUAGUGUCCCCACUAACCCUCCGACACCACCGCUCUCUGCGUCCAACUCUGCCUCCCAACAGCAGCAGCAGGUCUUCUCUUCAGACGUCUGCGGUCCGGAUAAAGACCUGGACGUCGAAACCUGUCAGUGUCUUUGUCGACGGCGAGAUCAGGACUGCGGUGCUGGGCGACACUUAGACCGCAGCACCUGCCAGUGUGUGUGCAGUGUCCGGUCCAAUGGUGCUUCUUGUCCUCCCAACCAUGUCUUCAACAGGGACACAUGUCAGUGCACUUGUAUAAAGACCUGUCCCAAAAGCCAACCCCUGGACAAAACCAAGUGUUCCUGCCAAUGCAACGAGUCGCCCAACAAGUGUUUCCUAAAAGGAAGGAGGUUCCACCAGUUGUCCUGCAGUUGUGUGCGACCUCCCUGUGAUGUCCGAAGACGAAGGUGUGAACCCGGAUUUUCCUUUAGUGAGGAAGUGUGUCGAUGUGUUCCGUCCCACUGGAGAAGACUGGAUUAAUCACUGGAGAAAAUCAAACACUGGGGUGAAAGCUGGUAGAACUGUGGGUUAUCGUUGCUCCCCCAGCUUUGAGGAGAGCUUCAUGCCUGGAUUCUGGAAACCCUUGGAAAACCUGUCCAGGUUUGGAAGACUUUAAAUGCACUGACAAAAUGUUUUGAAGUCCAGGAUUAGAAGAAAGCAACUGGAGCAGAACCGACAACAUUUGGGUUGACUGUUGGUUAACAUAAUGUUUGUUUGUUUCCUUGUUUGUUGUGUUAAUGAUGUGUCUUUAUUCUAAUGUCAAAUAUAAAUGAUAUAAUUUAUUAAAAAAUUUUCAGCCGGUGUUUAUCGCAGUUUUUACCCUAGCUUUAAAACACACUGUGAUGUGUUAUUUUUUUUCUAUUCUGAUACAAAAACAGAAUAAAUAAACAUUUUUUAAUUGUCUGAUGACUGUCCACUCAGUAGACCUGAAGAGUUUCAUAUUCUAGUUUCAUCAGCUCAUGUUUGUCACUGCAACAGAUUCUGCUCAGAACUGAAAAAAAAUCUCCAAUCUGACCAGAACCCAUCUGUCACUCCGACUGCACAGAUCACUCCUG